AUGGAACGAAUCGGAUCUACUGCUGAACGAACGACGACGACGACUAGGAGGAGUAAAAGAAUUGCUGAAAGAAGAAGAGGUGAAAUUCCUGAACAACCAGAGGAAGGAAGAGAAAAUCAAAAUAAUGCGAAUCCAAUUGGACCUCAGCGUAUACAAGAGCAGAACAAUGAUAUUGAUUACGAUCGAAUAGGUGAUAAUUUACAAGAUCAACGUGAUGAGAGACGCAUAGAAGAUGACCGAUACGAGCAACCGCAUGAGCAUCAUCAUCGAAAAGAAGGUCAAAGGAAUAACAGACGUCAAAAUGCAGGCGAGCGAUAUCGCACACGCUAUGAGUCAGGUAAUGAUGAAGAAAAUGAUCCAGAAAAAGGAAGAAUUCUAUUGCAUGGUAGAGAAAUAUUGAGAGAUCAAUAUGCACGCGAAGAAGAGGAUGAAAGAAAUAAUGUUAUUCGCGAACGUAUGAGAGAUGAAAGAGAAAAGCAUAGGCGAAGAAGAGAAGAAGCUGAAGAACGAGAGAUCCAAUAG